AUGCCCACCGGCCCCGAACCCACCCUCCCCGCAGGGGGUCCCCGCAAAGGUGAUGCCAACCGCUUCCCUGCGCCCACGGACUUGCCCGAGUCCGGCAGAGUCCCCCGGAACAAGGUGAUGCUGAAGAAGAAAGUGACUCUGCUGAGAGGAAUCUCCAUGAUCAUCGGGACGAUCAUCGGCGCCGGCAUCUUCAUCUCCCCCAAGGGCAUCCUGCAGCACACCGGCACCGUGGGCGCGUCCCUGGCCAUGUGGGCGGCGUGCGGCGUCCUGUCGCUCUUCGGAGCACUAUCGUACGCUGAACUAGGGACGAGUAUAAAAAAAUCCGGGGGUCAUUAUAUCUACAUACUAGAAGCCUUUGGGCCACUCACUGCUUUUGUCAUGCUCUGGGUGGAAUUGAUCGUCAUACGUCCUGCAAGUAUUGCUGUGAUAUCGCUAGCCUUUGGGCAAUAUAUACUGGAACCAAUAUUCAUGCCGUGUGCAGUUCCAGACAUCGCCAUCAAGAUUGUCUCCACCGUUGGAAUCACCUUGGUGAUGUUCAUUAACAGUAUGAGUGUCAGCUGGACUGCAAGGCUACAGAUCUUUCUCACCUUCUGCAAACUUGCUGCCAUUUUAAUAAUGGUCAUACCUGGAAUGAUACAAUUAUUUAAAGGAGAGACGCAAAACUUUAAGGAAUCAUUUAGUGUGACAGAUGUUAGCAUUACAGGAUUGCCCCUGGCUUUCUAUUCUGGGUUGUAUGCUUAUGCAGGAUGGUUUUACUUGAAUUUUGUCACCGAGGAGGUAGAAAAGCCAGAGAAAAAUAUACCUCUUGCUAUCUGCAUAUCAAUGACAAUUGUCACCAUUGCCUAUGUGUUAACAAAUGUGGCCUAUUUUACCGUAAUGAAUCCUCAGGAGUUGCUGGCAUCUGAAGCAGUGGCUGUGACCUUUGCAGAACGGUUAUUGGGAAAAUUCUUUAUAGCAGUCCCAGUAUUUGUGGCUCUUUCCUGCUUUGGGUCCAUGAAUGGAGGCAUCUUUGCAGUGACCAGAAUGUAUUAUGUUGCUUCUCGGGAGGGCCAUCUUCCAGAAAUCCUCUCCAUGAUCAAUGUCCGAAAACAUACUCCUCUUCCCGCUGUCAUUGUUUCGUAUCCUUUGACAGUGUUAUUGAUGUUUAUGAGUGAUAUCUACAGUCUUUUAAACUUCUUGAGCUUUGCCCGGUGGCUUUUCAUUGGUCUGUCUGUUUCUGGUCUGAUUUACCUCCGGUACAAGCGCCCAGACAUGCCGCGCCCAUUCAAGGUCCCUCUGUUUAUUCCCACUUUCUUUUCUUUCACCUGCCUCUUCAUCGUAGCGCUGUCACUUUACGCUGACCCCACCAAUGCUGGCAUUGGAUUUGCCAUCACGCUGACUGGAAUCCCUGCCUACUACCUAUUUGUAGUGUGGGACAGCAAGCCAAAGUGCUUCCAAAAAUUGAUGGCAAGGGUCACCAGAGCAUUACAGAUCCUUCUGGAGGUAAUGCCACCAGAAAAUCAUGAAGACUAAAUGCAUCUGCAGAUAGGGCUGGUUCCUGACUGUCAGAAGAACUGUGACACUGACACGAUCGGCAACUGACCAAAUGUGGGACUGCCAUUGCAGGCUUACUGCACAAUAUUUCUCUCCAUCACUUAGUAAAUAAUAAUACUGGAUCAGACUACGUGUUUACUCCUUUCUGUGUAAGUAAUGCACUUAGUCCUUAUCAUGAUGA